UCUCCUUUAAUUAUAUGAUUAUUUAUUUUUCCUUAAAAAGAAAAAAACAAACAAACAGAGCAUAUGCCCACAAAGAAAGUAGCUUUAUCUAGGUGGCUUGAUGACCCAUCCAUGACUCAGCCUUUACCACAAAGGUCUCAAUUCAAAGCUUUGUUUCAACUGCCUCUUGUCUCUGUGUCUUUCCCUUUAAAUACCUUCCCACCAACACCGUUUCAUCAUCAACCAUUACUCACAAUCUCUCCCUCUCUCUCUCUCUUUCUCACAAGAUCAAGAAUCAAGAUCACUACUCAAUCCUCCAAGAUGACAUUGAGCAGAGUUCACCAACAAGUUAUUGCAUUUCCUGCUGCCAAGACUGCUACGAUGAGUUACUUGCCUGACCCAGCUUCCAUCAACAAGCUCCAAAUCCCAACUUCUUCAAAGAAUUCUCUUUUAACAGGCAAAGGAAAAUCGAUGCUGCGGAAGAAGAAAACCGAUAGCUUCACAAACGGAGCUAGAGAUCAGGACAAGUUAGGACCCAAGCUAACUGAAACAGUCAAGAGAAAGCUAUCUUUGGGAGCUAAGAUCCUUCAAAUGGGAGGCUUAGAGAAGAUUUAUAAGCGACUCUUCAAGGUCUGCAAUGAUGAGAAACUGUUCAAGGCGUACCAAUGUUACCUAUCGACAACUGCAGGUCCCAUCGGGGGCCUACUCUUCAUCUCAUCAAAGAAAAUUGCAUUCUGCAGCGAAAGAUCGAUCAAGGUGGCUUCUCCUCAAGGAGAUCUCAAUAGGGUUCACUACAAAGUUUCAAUCCCAUUGUGCAAGAUCAAUGGAGUAAACCAGAGUCAGAACACAAAGAAGCCAUCUCAAAAGUACCUUGAAGUUGUCACGGUCGACGGCUUUGACUUCUGGUUCAUGGGAUUUGUGAGCUACCAGAAAGCUUUCAAUUGUCUAGAGCAAGCGCUAAACAAUGAUGAGCAAUAGGUUGAAGAGGAAAUAUAUCAUUUCUAUUUUGACCUGUUUCAAUCAGAGAAUGUUAGUAAAGAGCCUAGAAGAGACUGACAAUAUUGCUUGUACAAACUCAUUAUUUUUUUCCUUUACCCAUUUUGGUUUCAAUUGUAGAACCGAGAAAGAAAUGGAAUUACUUAGCAGAUCU